AUGGUAGACACAAAUAUGACUAUCGGGGACAAAAUGGCCAUAAAAGCUUAUCUUUGCAGGAAGAUGGGUAUUCCUGGAGGAACACAGGGAUUUAUUUUUGUACCAGUAGAAGUAGAAGUCGAGUGCUACGGUGCAGAACGUUGUGCCGUUGAAAUGAUGGUUUCUUCUAUUGAUCCAAGGAGUAAAUUGGAACCUGAACUUGGAGAUGACAUGGUCUAUCUGUAUCAACUUUCACAACAUCUGCUCACUAUGUUGGAUCAGGUCAUUCGUUACGUUGAAAAUGUUAUCGAUAACAAAUGUCCAGCCGACCCCAAAAUCGGAAGGUCUAUAGCACAGUUGAUUUUCUCAAUCCCCAAAUUAGACCCUGAUCAUUUGGAGCAGUUGAUCAAUUCAAGCUAUAAAGAUUUGCUGAUGAUCACUUAUCUCACUAAUCUUAUACGGACGCAUCUAAAGAUUUUAAAUUUGGCCCAGUGA